UGGAUUUCAUACUUCCAAGCAUCCCAAAAUGCUUCCACAUUGUCGCCGGUUCCCUCGAAUAUCGGGGUCCUCCCGUUUAGUACGUCCGCACCUCGCCCACCAUGGCGCUCAAAAUCCACCUUGCCGCCCGUUCACCCGAAAAUCGCCUCUUUUGAUUCUCUCACCUUCGUUGGGUCGACCCCAGCUUCCCUUUCUCUCCCCCUCUCCAAGCAGUCGCGCCCUUCCACCAUUGUCUGUUCAUCUUCGCCAGCACUUUGCGCGACUCAUUUCCACCGAGAGCCGCAAUCACUAUAAACGCCGCUUUUCGCGCGGGCUGCGGGUCAGCCUGUCCGUGACCGCUAUACUCGUCUUAUUCCAGGUGAUCAGGUUGGGCGUGUAUCAUGAAGAACUCGAGCACAAGUGGCCCACGCCGCCGGAAUGGACCUGGAAAAGUCGAUGGUGCCUGCGGUCGGCCCACGCCCAGCAAAACCCGGAACAGAUGGGCAAAGUGAUGACUAGUUGGCCGCAGGUUUCGGGAUUCCUGGGGGAGUUGCUGGCACGAUUGGAAGACAUGGAUGGUGAAGGAAAGGGAAUUGUGGAACAGGAGGAGGGUGGGAUCUUAGUGGAUGGUGUGGGCAAGACGGGAUUUGAUAUCUCGGCGAAGAGUGAACCAUGGAGACGGGGCUAUUUCGAGGCUCUUUUGGGAGCUGCCAGGGCCGCGGAGAAUCUCGAGGGUUGGUUGACGGACCGGAAGCAGCGUCUCUCAGCACCAGCGGCCUAUGUCAUUGGUCCAUCCAACCCCCGUCCGAAGCCCAUGCCACCGGGGCAGAAAGCCAUUCUGAAAGAAGAGGAUUGUGAGCCGGCAUCACCUAGCCCGGAGGUCUUCUACAUGAAGAUCCUGACUACUCGUGGAUUUGAUACGAGGCAAAAACUCGAUGCCGCUCUUGCGUAUGCGGACUGGCUGGACUAUAAGGGCUUGAAGGAUACCGCGGCUGAUAUGUAUUCUUGGGCGAUGGAUAUCGCAGCUGAGGGGUCACCAGUGGAUGCUGCAAAAGUGGUAGAUUUGAAGACAGGAAUCCUCAGGAACAACGGCAAAGAAUCUCCAUCUGAAAAUAUCUUUCGGGUAUCCACAGCGCUCGCAGUUCACCAUGCCCGACAAGGAAAUCUCGCUACAGCUCUAUCCAUCUUCACCUCCGUGCUAAAAGCCCGCCGUGACCUUCCGCCGGCGCCUCCUGGAGCUCUUCUUCCCCCCACUCAACCUUCAUUUCCCAAGCCAACUAACGACCCAUUCCGCUCUCUUUUCAACACUCUCAAAAUCGUUUUCACCCCGGUUCAAUACCCACCUCCCCUCCCCUCUGGAAACGAGCCCCCUCUUCGAACUACCAGCUCUGCCUGCGACGAGGCAGGGUUGAUGACCUACAUUGGCGAAAUCAUCUUCGCUUCCUCUUCAAAAGAAAAUGGUCUUGCCUGGACCCGUGACGCGGUCGACAUGGCCGAAACCACUCUCCUCGACCUCAAACCCGAACAUAGCAGCCCGCAACACCGCUGUGCUGAUUGCCUCCGUGUCGGCCUAGAGAACUGGAAAACAAUGGUCUCCCAACUGGUCGCCCAAGCUCGACAAGAUGAGCACGAAACUAUCGAGACAGCUAAGGCAUCGUGGUUCGGUCCCUCCCAGAAACAGAUCCAGGCCAAAACCAAGGAACGCAAGAGAUGGGAGGCUGAGAGUAUGAUCCUGGAUGAUCGAAUCAGAAGAAUCCGCCCCAUGAUCGGGGACUAAUCUGCAUUACAUGGAAUCUCCCUCCCUUUCCAUUCAAACAGCUAAUUGUUUUAUAUGCGUUUUGUAUGAUCUAGUGGGAUGCAUGCAGUCUCUCAUGAAUUUUUUUUCCCCUUCACUUCCACCCUGUCAUUUUUAUAUCAUCACCAGCUAGCUGUGUAUGUAAAUACAGCCUUUUUGUGUGGAGCUUCCAGUGAUUAUUUAUUUAAAAAAAAAUAGUCAUUUUUAUGUUUCUAGUUGAUAUGUAUGUAUUAUUAGAAGAGAAACCAAAAAAAAAAAAAAAAUUUAACACC